CUUGUCACCCCGCCCGAGCCCCGGUGCGUCGCGCAGAGCCGGCCCCCUGCCCAGCCUCGGCGCCGGCCGUCCCCGCAGGGCUGCGGGAGAGAGAAACCUUCAGCGGCGAUCCAGGGAGGCACCAUGCGUUGCCCGCUCCUGCUGCUCGUCCUGCUCUGCUGCAGGGGUACUGCCGGUAACGAGGCUGCAGAAUCCGAUGGAUCAAAGGGAGGUACUGCCGGUAACGAGGCUGCAGAAUCCGAUGGAUCAAAGGGAGGUACUGCCGGUAACGAGGCUGCAGAAUCCGAUGGAUCAAAGGGAGGUACUGCCGGUAACGAGGCUGCAGAAUCCGAUGGAUCAAAGGGAGGAGGUGCAGCUGGACAAGAAGGCACGACUGCUGUUUCCACCACAAGUGCCCCGUCUGCCAAUGCCACCUCCAAGGGCAGCCCACCCCCCACUGACGCAACAGGUGCCCCGACCCCCACUCACGCCCUGACCCCCACCAAAGCUGACACCUCACCCUCCACCGGCAUCCUGCCUACUGCCUCGACUUCCACCAAGGCCCUGCCUGUUGCCAGCGCCCUGCCCCCCCCCACCUCUGGUACACCAGGUGGUGCCGACGCCCCAUCCUCCGCUGAUGCUGGAACCUCGCCGGGCACCGGCACCCUGCCCCCCACCGGUGUCCCAUCCCGCACUCAUGCAAGCACUCUGCCCCCUGCCGACACCAACACCCCGCCCACUGAAGUUAGUGCUCCCUCUGAGGGCGCAGCAGCAGUGGUCAGCACCACUGCCGGCUCUGCAGAACCCCUCACUGUCCGUGCCCUGACUGUCCCAGUUGUCCAUGUCCUCACCUCCACAGCCGUCCCCAGCUCCGUGGCCACCCCAGCUGCUCCCAUGGCUGUUGCCCCGAGCCCUACCAUCACUGCUUACAUCCCCAGCUCUGGAGAUGCCACUGAUCCGGCCGCCGUGUCUCCGUCGCAGAAGCUCCAAACACCAGAAACCGUUACAGUAAGGGGCUCAGGUGCUACUGCGGACAAGGAACAUACCCCCCAGAAUGGACAUCAGUCAGUGAAACCUGUGGCAUCUACGGAAAGUACUACCAAACAUGGGAAAGUUGCAGUUCCAACCACACGGCAGUCGGGUGUUAUAUCACAGCCACCAGCCUCAAGCUCUGGAACUGUGAUCUCUAUUACAGCCAGCACAUCACUGAGCCACCACACUCCAACUCCUGGCAGGGAAUCCAAGCCCACUGACUCCCUGCUCAAAAGUCAGUUCAUUUGUGAGAACCAGAACUUGUCCAGCGACUCAGCAAUCAUUCUAACCCUGAACCAGCCUAUACGCUGUGGCAUCCCUGGGGAUCCCUCCCUGCACAACAUGCUCUGCAAAGCUGUGAAGGCCACGUUCAACCGGAGCCGAGACAUCUGCACCGUGCGCCUGAACACCGCUGGGAAUGCCCCCAACAGGAUUGCUGUGCUCGGUGUUUCUGUGCAAACCAACGCCGCGCCCAAGGAGCUGUUUGACCUGCUGGAGACGAAGAAGGGAGAGCUCCAGCAGCUUGGCAUCAGCAACGUCACCUAUGCCAGCAAGUGGCUGAAGGAGGAGACCGAGGACCGGUUCAGCAUGCCCUUGAUCAUCACCAUCGUGUGCAUGGCCUGCUCCCUGCUGCUCAUCGCGGCCAUCUACGGCUGCUGCCACCAGCGGGUCGCCCGUAGGAAGGAUCAGCAACGCCUGACAGAAGAGCUACAGACCAUGGAGAAUGGCUACCAUGACAACCCGACCCUGGAGGUGAUGGAGACCUCCUCAGAGAUGCAGGAGAAGAAGGUGAACCUGAACGGGGAGCUGGGAGACAGCUGGAUUGUCCCCAUGGACAACCUCACAAAAGAGGAGCUGGAGGGAGAGGAGGACACGCAUUUAUAAGUGACAUGAAACUCUACCAGCAAAAACAAAAAACAAAACAAAAAAGCAGCCCCAAAAUGAUCAGAGCCACAAGUGCCAUCGCUUGGAGCAUCCUGUGGAGCAAGGAGACACACUGGUGCCUGAAUGCCCCGUUGAGGCAGGAGACCAUGACUGGAGUUUGCUCUGGCCCAAACGUCGUUCAAUCAAAACAUAUUCACUGUCCAGACUAGGUUGUAUUUUUGCUUCUAUAGCGGGAGAGUGCCUGUAUUUAAGCCUUGACUAGAGGAGACAAGAAAGUUCAGCUUCUGGCCAUCGUAAAAGGAUGAGAGUUGACGGCGUCCUGCAGGGCUUCUCAUCCUUUUCCAUACUGGUACCUCUUCUGUCUAGCUGGAUCUAGUAUUAUGGGACGGGCAGAGUGGUCAUGACCCCCUGCCCGGGCUGAGAACCCUGGAUUCAGAAUGAUCAGAAGCCUCUGGUGCCUAAUGGGGUACUCCAGAAACCGAGUUAGCAUCAUAGCGGAUUUGCCUUAGCGAAGGAUGCUACUCAGGGUGGAAGGGCUGGAGGCAAAGGGCUCGCGAUCUACUGUCAGCUCUUUGCUCUGCUGUCAUGUGCAUCACCUGGUGUCAGUGCCCAGUACAUUGUGAGCCUCUGCAUCCUGUUUGUUCUUUUUCCAUCACUGCUCCCCAGAAGAAGGAGGAUCUUUCCCCCAUGUAAACUCCACCGUCACCUGCAGCUCAAUAGUCAGACCUCCAGGUUCCACUCCAAUCAAAUGAGGGGGCAGUGCCAUCUAGUGGUGAGAGCUUGGGGGUAGGAUAAUCGGGGGACUUGGGGGGGGUCCAUUCUGUGUGACCUCAAAGAAGUCACUUAGGUGUUCUGUGGUUUUGUUUUUCCCAUUUGUUAUAUGCAGAGAAGCUUUAUAGACGUGCCAAUUAUUAAGUCACAGGAGAUAAGGGAAAGAGCAGCGACUGCCCUCAUCCUAAGCCACAUGAUUGCCUGGUCAUUUGCCAAGUCUCCCUGGAAUCCCUAUGGAAAAUGCUUUGCAUUCACCAAAGCUUCCCCUGCCACGCAUCAGUGAUCACUCCUGGGUCCUUAAUACUCCCUCUGUCCUACAUGGCCCUUCCUGGCCUGCAGUGUGACUGACACUGCAGAUACACCCUUCCUUCAGGACGGGGGUGAUGUUAAGGCUCCGAGACUGCACUUCUGCUGGGGUUUUUUAGCCAUUGUAGGUAGAUGUUGCCGUGUUAUGUUGCCUUCUCAAGCCAUUAAAAUGCAGCAUUUUUUAGAUACCGUAGUGUCCUUACUACAGCGAAUAAAACAGAGUUAUUUAAUUCUGGGCUGGACUCGUGUCCAUAAACAGGCUAAGCAAGAGGUACCUGCUCUGCCUCUGCCAUUCAAAUGAAAUUCCCAAGCCCGUUUUUUUAGCUCCUAGCCCAAAGGUCAUAGAAGUUUAAAGGGCAAGUGCGUAGGAAGCUCACCACUUAUUUAGGGAGGGUUGCCGUAAGGGUCCUUAGUGAGAUCUGCAUUUGAAGCAGGACUGAACUCCCUGUUUCAUCAUUGUAGCUAAUGACAAACUCACUCAAAACGCGCCUUGAAGUUUCUCACCGAUGAUAAAAGGCAUCUAACAGCAGGCAAAUAGGAAACUACCAUCUUGAUGGUGUGGUGCGCAGGCAGAGUCCGGAAAUGCAGUUCUGACAAGAAUGUAUGAAUGGAAAGGAGAGAUUCAAACUCAUUAUGUAAGGCAAGGGCUAGUGCUGGGGAGAAACUUAGUGAAGUAGCUGCUGUUAACCCAAAAAUUCUCUUACACACCUGAAAAUCUGUCAUGUGCCAGAACAGGGCUAGCCCCCCCCCAGCUCUGACUCUGCGGCAUCACACAUGCCUUCCUAGGGGGAAAGCGUUAGUAACACCGGCAGCUCUCAGAGCAAAUCCAGUCACUAUUAGAGAGACAGCAAAACGGCAACAGGCAUUUCUAGAAAGAGCCAAACCAGUCACCUGUUCCAUGGUGGGCAGUAAUCGCUUCUCUCGUCAGCGAAUCACUGCAGGUUUCCUUUAAGGACAUUUGUUUCUCUCCUGAGAUCAGUCAGAAACACUGCAAAGGCCCCCAACACAGGAUUAGAAGAAAACAGACCGAGGCUGUUUUACAGACCGAAACUGACCUGCUGAAACACACACGAGCAAUCUCCCUGUGCCAUAAGCAGAAGAAUGUGUUAGGGCCCAGUGGAACUGGGAACCUAAAGUCGGUGCCAAAAUUGGAGCUGGUCUGAGUGAAGUGAGCUAGUCCCAUUUCUGGCAGAGUUUUGUGCAAUCAGUUCAUUUGAAAGCUCUGCCAAGCUGCAAGGGAAAAGAGAACUCAGCAAUCAAUCAGGGGAGGAGCUCGCCCAAUGUCCUAUCCAGAUCCAGUUGGCACGGGUGAAUUUCUGCCAAUUCACACACCUAGUUGAAAUCAACAGAUUUCAAAGGUAGGAAAGGUGAAUGAAGGUUGCAUCAAGCUCUGAAGGCUUGACUUAAUAUUUAAUCUAAAACGUUACAAGAGAUACAAACUGCAAAGCCUCAAACAGAUGUGCGUGUAGGAUAUUUUCUUAAAUAUGGAGUCAGCUAUUGUGAAAAGUUAAUGUAAGUGCAAAGAAAAGCACAUGGAUAGUGUUCUCACCUGCAUGCAGACAGUUCCCUCAAUUCUGUUACCGUUUUACCUCUCAAACGAGGCUGGUAUUACUGGUAUGUCUGGAUGGCCCCUCUAGUGUUUCUUCUUUAAAAGCCUGUGUUUGCUGAUUGAUGGUGCUGAGAUGCACGCUGAAAAGACUUUACUUCAGUGGCAAAUCCGGGGCUGGAUUUGGACAUUCAGACCUUUUUCUUUAAAAGCCCCACUGCUCUGGGCACUUUGCAAAGGUUUAUUAACAAAGGCGCCCAGGAAAAGGCCAUUUCACUAAAUCCACUCUGCAGCGUAGCGUCUACUUUACUUUAGAACGAUCACAGCAAUUUCUCACGAGCCAGCUGGGUUAUGGGUUUGCUGAAGGCAUAGAGAACUCACCAGUGAGCUACGUCGGGCAGGUGUCCUGGCGCAUGUUAAAAGUGUAACAGCCGGGAUGAACAGAAGUGCAGGGUGUGGAGACUACAUCUCCCAACAUGCAGUAUUCUUUUGAUCUGAGCCGCCUAGUCACUUGGAUCAAAAUGUGCUGGGACCUGUGGUCCCUGUAGGCUGCACCUCUGUAUUAUAGAGAAGGGUGGCUACACUCUGCUCCUGCCUAUGCAUAAUUGGGGCUGCAGGUUCCUCUGCUUAGCAGCUCCCACAAACUCAUCAGUCACCUAUAAAUCAAAAGAGAAUUUGCUUUAGCUUCUGCUUGUAGCAGAGAUGAAAGGGCAGCUAUGAAUUGCACAAACUAUUGUUUUGUGGCCAAUUUGGUUUACACAUUCCACAGCUAAGGUGUUCAUGAGAUUUUGCAGCGGGGAAGCGUCAGUGAAGCAAAAGCCACCUCUUCAUGUCGCCACCUUAGGAGGCAAACAGUUUGGAAAUCACCUACCUAUUGAUUUGGAUUGUGCCAGGCAGGGCAUCUAAACCUGCGAGAGCCUUGAGAGGUAUCAGCAGAAGGCAAACCACAGGGAGCUGCACUUAAAUUCCAAGGUCAUGGUUGCUGUGGUCAGCCUAGCAUCACUCACGUUAACACAGUACAGCGCUAUUCCCCUUCAUGGCUGGGCACCCUAGAGCAAUUCUUAAGUGUUGCCCUUGCUUGGGUCAUGGGCAGGGAUGGACCAGCGGAUAAAGUAUGAGCAAAAGGAGCAGCGGCAUUAGCUUGGGGGCAGUCGCCAAGUCAAGCUACUGUACAGAUUCCAGCCACUAGAGGGGGCAUCGCUGCGUUAGCCUGAAAUACACCAGGAUUGCAGGACAGAUCAAAAUUUCAUUCUAGGAGGUGCUGGAGGAGGGAACAGAAGAGUUCACAUUU